AAGGGAGUGACGAGCGACUACGAAUUACAAUUAGCGACACAACAAAUGAAAGCGUGACGUGAAUACAUUGGUUUGCCAUACCAACGUCGUGAUAAUGUCGUUCGAGAAGAAAAACGUUGUUCGUUUAUAAAGCAGGCUACGUAAAAGCCCCGUAAUUUAAUCGUGGCACUGUUAUAUCGCACAGUUGCCAGAAAAUGGAAGCAGACUAUCAACCGACGCUAAGCCCAACGCGAACUUUGACAGACAAUAAUGCGCAUACUUCUGUUUGUAUGAUAGCAAUAGCUAAUGACGUCGAAGACCCAUAUCCAAGUUUGUCAGAUUAUCAUGAUUAUGAGCCCAACUUGGAGUUCGAUGAUACUGAGUUGCAAACCACCUCAAAUAAUGCUGUACAACUUUUAGAAGAAAAAUUGGACUUAAUUAGCAGUGGUGCAGGUACUGGGAUAGAUUAUUUGGAGAGUCCAGUAAGCGAUGGGACAAUUGAAGAGAACUUUGAAGAAGCUUUGGUAGAUGCUCCAGUUAUCGAAUCCGAGGAUCUUGCUGCAUUGGAUGGUGAACUUGCGGAUGAAGAAGAUUAUCUUGAUAUAUCAAGAUAUGGUAUUGUAGAAGUGGUUGGUGAUGAUAGUGCUGGUCGUAAAAUAAUAGUAGUAUCUGCAUGUAAAUUACCUCCUGUUGGAAAAGAAACGUUUAACCAUGCUAAACUUCUCAGGUAUCUCACACAUACUUUAGACACAUUUGUAGAACAAGAUUAUAGUUUAGUUUAUUUUCACUAUGGUCUUACUUCAAAAAAUAAACCACCAUUAUCCUGGUUAUGGCAAGCAUAUAAAGCUUUUGACAGAAAAUAUAAAAAAAAUUUGAAAGCUUUGUAUCUAGUACAUCCAACCAAUUUUAUUAGAAUUGUAUGGCAAAUAUUUAAACCAGCCAUUAGUGCAAAGUUUGGUCGGAAAAUGAUGUAUGUCAAUUAUUUGGAAGAACUGGCACAAUAUAUUAAUCUUGAUCAACUUAUUAUACCUCCUCAAGUAAUAGAACAUAAUGAACAGCUAAUGUUAAAGAACAAAAAGAAUUUACCAACAAGUCCACCUCAGAGUGCGGUGACAACACCAGUUGGUACCACUCAGUUUGGAGCAAGUCUUAUUUUUAUUAAAGAAAAUAAUAAUGGUGAUCCUAUACCACCAAUAGUGCGACAGUGUAUUGAAUUUCUCGAUACACCUGAUGCAUUAGAAACAGAAGGAAUAUUUAGAAGAUCAGCUAAUGUAGCAGUAGUUAAAGAACUUCAAAAUCGUUGUAAUCAAGGAUUAUCUGUUGAUUUCCAAGGAGACCCACAUAUAGCAGCUGUUCUUCUUAAAACAUUUCUUCGAGAACUAGAUGAACCUCUCAUGACAUAUGAAUUAUAUGAUGAAAUAACACAAUUUCAAGCUUUAUCAAAAGAUGAACGUCCAAGAAGAGUUAAGAUAUUAGUACUUGAAAAACUUCCAGAAGAUAAUUAUCAAGUCUUAAAAUAUAUUGUACAAUUUUUAUCAAGGGUAAUGGACAGAUGUGAUUUAAACAAAAUGACAUCAAGUAAUCUCGCCGUCGUAUUUGGUCCAAAUCUUGUCAGAGCACCUCCGUCACGUGGAAUGUCACUCUCUGCGAUAGGUCCUAUUAAUCAAUUCAUAGACUUUUUAUUUACUAAUCAGGAUAAAAUAUUUAUUAUAUAAAGAAAAUAUAAAAUCGAAUUCUAAAGGCCUAAUUUGGAACGAAAUUAAUAUUUUAUGUAUGUUAUAGAAUAGAAAUUCUAUAAAUUUGGCUGCCAAGUUUGAUAUUGUAUAAAUUUGCAUAAUACAACUUCGAAGAAAUUUUUAUAGCAUGUUUAUUGGGAAAUAUAACAAGUUCCUGAGACUUUCAUUUUAGAAUGUAAAAGUGAGAAUCUCUUAGAUCUUCGAAGUCAUAUCAAACUUGUUAAAAUUUAAAGCGAACGUAACAAUUCGUAUAUAAUAUUCAUAUUUAAUUAUAACAUUCGUACUUUGUUGAUUAAAAUAUUUUUAUAUUCAAAUAUACAGAUAGAGAAAUACUUGGAUACCUAAUGUCACAAACAGCGUUUAAUUAUACAGUUUGCACAAAAUUUUUUUCUAGUAAAUUGGUACCAUGAUUUCAAAAUGAAUAUAAGGGCGUUAAAGUAAUGUAAAUCUGAUUGCUAUGUAACUCAAAAGUAUGUAAAGUUAUAAAAUUAAUGGUAUACCAAAGAUAUAUGAAAAUAUCAUGCAAUUAUAAAAUUAUUUAAAAAUAGCGUAACAUAGUAAAACUAGACGAGCAAAUUAUGAUGUACAGGAUGCCUUGCUCGCAUAAUUUUAUUAACUUAAGAAUUAAAAUGACAAAUGUCAUAAAAGUCAUAAUAACUAUAUGUUAUUAUAGUUGAUUAAUAUAGCCAAAGUGAAGAAUAGUAAUGAAUUAGUGACUAUUGAUAAUGUAUGGCAUCCUUUGUAUUGACAUUAUGUAUAUACAAAAAUUAGUAGCACUGUGUACAAUUUUAGUCUGAUUAAAUGAGAUUGUUUUUUUAACAUUAUAUAUAAGUGCAAAGAAUCUUUUAAUGCAUUAUUAAAAUAAUUAUAUUACAAAAUUAAAUUCGAAAUAACAAUAAAAUUUCAAAUUUUCAAGUAAAUAAAUAUUAAAUUACUGAUGUGAUUAGAGCAUGUUUAUGUGAUACUUGGUCAGCAACUUGCAUACAAAGUAAAACUAUAACAAAUUCAAAAAUGAGAAUAACUUAUGUAAAUCUUUGCUAAUUUAAAAUAGUAACAAAUGAUCGAAAUUCGUUAUUAUGAUAAUGUAAUAAUUAGACUAAAAUAAUUGUCAGGGUAUCAUGUAAUAUAAUACUUAGAAUACUAUCUGUUAUCAUUUGAAAGAUUAAAGAUUUACAGUAAUCUUUCUACUAUCAUAUACAUACAUAUAUAUGUAUCUUUGUAUAUUUUCUUAAAUAGUCCUGCCAUUAUGGGUUUCUGGGAUAAAAUAGGGGCUCAUUGCCUAAUACAUUCUCUAUUAUGGAAAAAGACUAACCCAGACCUAUAUAGAACUGACACAAUUCAAUUACAUUCCUUGUUAUUGAUAGAAUGAAAAUAUAUUGUAUUAAAAUAUAAUUUAUAUAAAAAUAUUUGGAUAUAUCAUAAUAUGUAUAUUAUACAAUGUAUAAUUUUCUAAUCACUCUCUAAUGUCUUAAGUUUCUUUCUUACUUACGAAUAUAAUGAUCUAAUCACAUAUUUACAUCAAUUAUUUAAAAUUAUGUUAUAGAAAAGUGAAUUAUUAACGAAUUAACGAUUAUGUUGCUAUUAUAAAUGGAUUUGUGGAUGUUUAUAAUCCAUAUAUGUACCUGUGAUAGAGUAGAAUAUUGUACUUUAGACUCGCAAAUAUUGUGCAUGUAAUUAGUAAAUUCUUUACGUCGUAACUAAUUACAACCUACUCUGAAUUAUGAAUUACAGAACAUUCCCAAGAAAUAACAUCAUAUUAUAUACUUGUACAUGUUAAUUAACUUUUUAUUAAAACAUAAUAGUAUUUAAAUAUAUAUACAUUUAUAUGACAGAAAUACAUACAUCUAAUAAUUGUAAUAAAUCUUCUAGCUGUAUGAUAUAUAUGAAUAAUAAGAUAUUUGGUUUAUGAGUCAACUGAGGCUCUAUCAAUGUAAUUGAAUAUCGAAAUACAUAAAAAUCAACUCCCAAAAUAUAAUCAGUAUUUCUUACCUUACACUCAGUUAAAUUACUUAGGCUUAGCAAUUUAUAUCUAUAUUAUUUUUUGUUCCUUAAAAAAUAAAAUAUUAAAAAUCUUGUGAUAUAUGUAUAUAUAUAUACACACACAUUUAUAUAUAAGACUUGUUCAAUAGUAGAACCAAUUGUAAUACAGAUAUUUUGAAUUAAGAUGUGUGUGAAGAACCACUACAACAGGAACUCUUAGUUGGUUCAGUUUCUUCAGCUUCAUCUUCAACUACAACAACAUUGCGGCGUAUACUACUUGUUCUUGAUAAUGUAGACUUUUGUUCCAUAAGAUCUGCAUGUUCUAUCAUGCGCAAUGUUAAUUGAAAAAACAUUUCUUCAAUAUUUUCAUUUAGUUUGGCAGAUAUAUGAAAGUGCAUAGCUCCAGUUUUGUUAGCAAACCUGAAUACUUCCUCAGUGUAAACACGUCUAUCCUUUUCAAGAUCUACUUUAUUUCCAGCUAUUGCUAAACAGAUUCCACUGCCUAGCAUUUUCCUAAGCUCUGUAACCCAAUUUAUUACCCUCUGAAACGUAUCGUAAUCAGUAACAUCAUAAACUAUAAUGGCACCGUUUGACAUUCUAUAAUAAAUUGGUCCCAAUGCAUGAAAUUUUUCUUGACCAGCUGUAUCCCAUAUUGCCAAGUUUACUUUUUUGCCAUGUACAGUCAAUUUUUUGUUUAAAAAAGAAGCCUUAAAUGUACUGAUAUGUCUAUCAUUAAAUUUGUUUUCAACGUAUCGUAAUGCAAUAGAAGUUUUUCCAACACAUCCUUCGCCGAGUAACACCACUUUAAAGUUAUAACCAUUACCAGUGCUAUUAAUUGAACUGGCCAUAAUUUGUAUAUAACCAAUAUAUACACUUAGAUGAUAAUAUGACAAUUGUAAUUGCGUAGAAUAACCGCUGAUAGAAUUUAUAGAGUAUAUUGAUGACUGACGAUCAUAACGAUGUGAUAUCCACGGGUGGGGCCCCUCAUGCGGCUUUGUCCCCCUCUACGCUAAUACUUUAGAGCAGUGGGGAAGUUUACGCGUCUCCUAUAUAUUUUCAAUCUCACAUUUUCUCACUUCGUAUUCAUCUUUUGUACAUGACAUAAACUAUAUCUAGUUCUGUCAAAUAUUUAGUUUUGUUAAAUAAUCUUUUUAUUUCACUAUUCUGAAAAGAACCACUUAUAUUUCAAUUCCUCCAUAUAACAAACACGAAACUCGCGCGGAUCCACACUGCACUCGUACGACUAGCGUCUUGGUUUCCUUGACAACAUCAACAAAGUGGGGGAAAUGCAUCUUAUUCGUAUCACAUUCCUUAUUAAAGUUUAGAUAACACUGAUUUGUGUUGCCACGAACCUAUGGUAGUAAUGAUAGCAGUAUCUCUAUUCAAUAACAUCAAAAUGAAAAUAAUCAGCUGUUUUCAUUUUUAAUAAGCACUUACAAAACAAAAAAUGGAAGUAUCUAUAUAAUUUUUACUUUAAAUGUAUCGCCGAUAGGUGGCAAAUUAAGAGUAUUUAUUAAAUGCUCGUAUUUCAUGUCUCGAAGUUCAAAAAUAUUACCGAACUCUUAUAAUAAAUAUUUUGCUGUUUGAAAAAUUAUAAAUUUAUAUUCAAUGAUUUCAAUGUCACGCAAAGAAAAAAAAA